ACAGCUUGCUCGAAAUGUUAAAUUGAAUACUUGAUUCGUCUGAGGCCCGCAAACAGGAGAUAAUGGAUCAAACAGCUUUUACAUUAACCUCUCCCUCUUUUCUUCUCCUACCUCUAAUAUUGAUCAUCGUUAUGCAAAUACUUAGCUCUAUAUCUUCAAAAAGGCGGCCUCUUCCUCCCGGUCCCAGGCAGUGGCCGAUCCUAGGAAACAUUCUUCAAGUGGGGAAAAAUCCUCACAUCUCAAUGGCCAACUAUGCCAAAGUUCAUGGUCCUCUCAUUUCACUAAGACUUGGCACUCGGGUUGUUGUGGUUGCAUCUUCUCCGACUGCAGCAGCUGAAAUUCUCAAAACCCAUGAUCGGUUGUUGUCUGGAAGAUAUAUACCCGCAACAACUCCUUACGAAGACAAUGUCCUUGACCGCAUAGCACUUGUUUGGAAUCCAUCAUGCAGUGACCAGUGGAAGUUCCUACGAGCUAUGUGCAGGAGUGAGCUUUUCUCUGCUAAAGCAAUUGAAUCACAAGCCACUUUGAGAGAGAAGAAAUUGACAGAGAUGUUGGAUUUUUUGACCAGCAAGCAAGGGCAAAUAGUGAAUAUUGGAGAAGUUGUCUUUACUACUGCUUUCAACACAAUUUCUAAUCUUUUAUUUUCCAAGGACUUGCUUAGUUUUGAAGAUCAAGGGAAUGCUGGUGAAUUGAAAACCUUGAUCUCAACAUUGAUGGAGUUAGCUACAUGUCCAAACAUUGCUGACUUUUAUCCUGUAUUGACAAAGUUGGAUCCUCAGGGUAUCAAAAGAAAGAUGAAAAAUUGCCUUGAGAGAAUGUUUGGCGUAUGGGAUAUUUACAUCAAGGAAAGAAGAGAAAGACAUGUCAAAGAUGCUCGCAAGACAGAUUUCUUGGAUGUUUUCCUUUCUAAUGGAUUUGAUGACCAUCAAAUCAAUUGGCUGCUUCUUGAAUUGUUUAGUGCAGGGGCAGACACUACAACUACAACAGUGGAGUGGGCAAUGGCCGAGCUGCUUAAGGAAAUAACAGUAUUAGAGAAAGUUCGCGAAGAGCUUGAAACAGAAAUUGGCAAAGACAUGAUAAGAGAAUCUCAUAUUCCUCAACUUAAGUAUCUAAAUGCGUGUGUAAAAGAAACAUUAAGAUUACACCCUCCAGUUCCUUUCCUUAUUCCACGUCGUGCUCCUGAGGCUUGUGAGGUCAUGAAUUACACAAUUCCAAAACAUUCUCAGAUUAUAGUAAAUGUCUGGGCAAUUGGAAGAGACCCCUCAGCUUGGGAAGAUCCACUGUCUUACAGACCCGAAAGGUUUCUGGACUCCAAUCUAGAUUUUAAAGGUCAUAACUUUGAGUUUCUACCUUUUGGUUCUGGAAGGAGGAUUUGUCCAGGAUUACCAAUGGGUACUCGGCAACUUCCCUUAAUUUUAGCCUCUUUAGUUCAUUGCUUUGAUUGGUCUCUUCAAAACGGCGAUGAUCCUGCCAUGCUAGACAUGAAUGAUAAAUUUAGCAUAACACUGGAGAAGGAGCAACAUCUCCUCGUUGUUCCAAAGAGGAAAUUGUAAAUUCAUUAUUGUUGCAAUUAUUUUAGUGAAGAAAAUCAA